AUGGGAAUCACCAAAGGUCAUCGCAGCAUGCGAACCGUUACCAAUUAUUUCUUGCUUAAUUUGAGCAUCGCCGAUUUGCUAAUGUCCUCGCUGAAUUGUGUUUUUAAUUUCAUUUUUAUGCUGAACUCCGACUGGCCAUUCGGUUCAAUUUAUUGUACCAUAAACAAUUUCAUGGCAAACGUUACUGUAUCGACAUCGGUUUUUACAUUGGUUGCUAUCUCAUUAGACAGAUACUAUAAUGGUAAAUCGCGGACUGUGUGCUUCAUGUUAUGGCCAGAUGGUCGUUAUCCAACCUCGAUAGCGGAUUAUGCUUACAACAUUAUUCUGCUCAUCCUCACAUAUGGUUUUCCUAUGGUUGUUAUGCUUAUAUGUUACACCCUAAUGGGUCGCGUUCUCUGGGGAAGCCGUUCCAUUGGAGAAAAUACUGAUCGCCAAAUGGAAUCAAUGAGAUCGAAGCGUAAAGUAGUCCGAAUGUUUAUUGCCAUUGUUUCAAUAUUUGCUAUUUGCUGGUUUCCAUAUCAUAUGUUCUUCAUCUAUGCAUACCACAACAACGAUGUAACUUCUACCAAGUAUGUUCAGCACAUGUACUUAGGAUUCUACUGGCUGGCUAUGUCGAACGCUAUGGUAAAUCCAAUAAUUUAUUAUUGGAUGAACAAAAGAUUUCGACUCUACUUUCAACAGAUAAUGUGUUGCAAUUGUUGCACUUCAGGAAAACAUAAAAUUGACUCGGCGGACAUAAUUGCUAAUAAAAGAAGCAGUUUCCAAAAAACUGCGAAAG